AUGAAGUCCCCGUCAAGAUUGACGUUCUCAAAUCUCUUAAACGAACAAGCAAAGUCAACAAGUGCAAACAUUGGUGGUGGUGGUGGUGGUGGUGGUGGUGGUGGUGGUGGUGGUGGUGGUGGUGGUGGUGGUGGUGGUCGUGAUGAUGACGACGACGACGAAGACGGAGAGGAGAGCGGGAGAGUGGUGGCGGGAAACGCAUCUGACACAACUCUUCGGAGGGAUCUAACGUGGUACUGGAUUGUGCGUGGACCUCCCACUUAUGACACCCCAUAG